GGGCGGCGGGGCGGUGCCGUCCCCGGUGUGGCGGCCUGUGCCCGCCCCGCGGCGCUUGCCGUGCGCCCCUGCCGUUGUCUCUGCGGCCCCGCGUGUGCCCUCCCUGCGCAGCUGUGCUGGUUUUCCGUCCGCGCUGCAGGUGUCUCAGCCCAGUCAUUCCUUCACUGCUUUACUCUGGCCAGCUCUGCCUUUAACCUGCAAGUGGCGACUCCUGGGGGGAAGCCCAUUGAUUUUGUGGAUGUGAACGAGGGCAACACGCGCUGGAUCCAGGACUUCCGCAUGAAAUCCUAUGCCAGCCCUGCCAAGCUGGAGUCCAUUGAUGGGGCUCGGUACCACGCCCUGCUGAUCCCAAACUGCCCCGGGGCCGUGACUGACCUGGCCAACAGCGGGUACCUGGCCAAGAUCCUGCAGCACUUCAGCACUGAGAGCAAGCCUAUCUGUGCUGUGGGACAGGGAGUGGCAGCUUUGUGUUGUGCCACCAAUGAGGAUAAGUCCUGGGUUUUCCAGGGAUACAGCAUGACAGGGCCCUCUGUGUACGAGCUGGUGAGGCAGCCAAAUUUUGCCAGUUUGUCCAUUAUUGUGGAGGAUUUUGUGAAGGAUUCUGGAGCUACAUUCAGUGCCAGCAGCCCAGAUGCUGUCCAUGUGGUGCUGGACAGGCACCUGGUGACAGGACAGAAUGAGAAUUCCACCCUUCCUGCUGUCCAGAACCUUCUGAUUCUUUGCAACGUCAGCAGGAAAUGAAGGAGAAGGUCUGUUUGCAAAGAGGAUGGAUGAAGAGCCAGCAGGCUGAGGAUUUCCAUGGCUGUGACCUGGAUAAAACAUCCCUCUGAACCCCUGUCCUGGACUCUGAAGUGACUGUGGCAGGGAAGUGGCAGUGCCAGAAGUUCUGUGUGGAUGGAAUGGAUGAAGGUUGUCAGAAGAAUCUGGGACACCCCGUUACAGUUUUGCUGCUCCAUUUUCUCACUGCUUCUCUAGACCCUCAGUUUACAGAUGUGGGGAACUGUCUUCUCAAAACCCCCCAAAAGUUGGUGCUGUGAAUACAAAUUGCUGAAGCUGAAGCCCUUGCUCUGGGUUGGCAUUGUACUGGUGCACAGUGUGCCCUUUAUUCCUGUUCACAUCACUGGAAUUGUGUGUAAAAAGUUUGCUCAGCUUU